AUGGUCGGCUCUAACAUUGACCACAAUCCAAUUGAUCCUAGCAUCUUGGAAAAGCGCAAUUCACUCGAUAAAAAGAACGACAAGGGAACACAAACUCGCAAAAUGAGUGACUUGGAAAUGAUCAUGCAUCGAAAUGUGGCUCCCACUGCCGAAGCGAUGUGCGCCGAGCUAGCUCACGAACAUGCUCUAGAGGACCUUCAAAACUCUACAGAGCAUAGUAGCGUACCGAAUCCAGUGCGAGGCCCCGUCUAUUCAGAGAAUUACCUCGAACAUGCCACUCAGUACGAGCCCCGCCGACCGGAAGAUUGA